AAGGGUGUACACUACAAAGUGUUUUUCUUCAGCUCGAGUAGGCAAAGCAGGAUUUUAAGCUAUAAUUAGAUCAUGUCAGAGUUUAAGACGUCACCAAUAUCCAGUUCAACAGAUCCAGAUUCAGAAAUGAAAGAAGAGUCUACUGAAAAGAAGCAGACAUUUGGGAAUUCUGACUGUGGAACUGAGGAAGAAGAAAAUAUACAGCAGGAAAUACAGAAGAAAGAAAAGGCAGAUUUUGCAUCCAGAUCACAAAGUCAAAGUCAUGCUGAAAAGUUAAACAACUAUAGCGAAAAUGAAAAUCAACUGGAGAAUAUCGAAGGACAUAACAAUACUCGUGCAAGUAAAAAGCCCCAUGAAUGUGACAUCUGCGGGAAAACAUUUACUCGUCCACGUGAGUUACGGAGACACAUGAGGACACAUACAGGUGAUAAACCUUAUAAAUGUGAUGAGUGUGGUAAGGCAUUCAGUCAUUCACAUCACUUAAAGAGACACAUGAGGAUACAUACAGGUGAUAAACCAUUUCAAUGUGAUGUGUGUUGUAAGGUAUUCAACCGAGUAGAGAACUUACAAGUACACACAAGGAUACACACGGGUGAAAAACCUUAUGAAUGUGAUGUGUGUGAGAAGGCAUUCUCUGAAUUACGUAAAUUACAGGCACACAAGAGGAUACAUACAGGUGAUAAACCUUAUAAAUAUGAUGUGUAUGAAAAGGCAGCUUUUUCAGCCAUUUCACAUACUGAAAGCAAUGCUGGAGAGUUAAACAACUAUAGCUCUUAUGACAAUCAAACAGAAAAUUUAAAAAUCCACAUCAGUACUCGUGUAAGUAAAAAGUCCCAUGAAUGUAGCAUCUGCGGGAAAAUUUUCAAACAUUCAUAUUACUUUCAAAGACACAUUAGGAUGCAUACAAGUGAUAAUCCUAAUAAAUGUGAUGUGUGUGGGAAGACAUUCAAAAGAUCAGGUACCUUACAGAUUCAUGUUAGAAUACACACAGGUGAUAAACCUUUUAAAUGUGAUGUGUGUGGGAAGGCAUUCAGCCAGUCUGGUAACUUACAGACACACAUACGGACACAUACAGGUGAUAAACCUCAUAUAUGUGAUGUAUGUGGAAAAUCAUUCCAGCAUUUUAGUAACUUCCGUAGGCAUAUUAGGACACAUACAGGUGACAGACCUUAUAUAUGUGGUUUGUGUCAGAGAGCAUUUUGUGAAAAAUCGGAUUUAAAUAAACACAUGAGGACACACACAGGUGAGAACAUUUAUAAAUGUGAUGUGUGUGAAAGGGCAUUCAAACAAUUAGGUAAUUUACAGACUCACAUGCUGAUACAUACAGGUGAGAAACCUUAUAAAUGUUAUGUAUGUGGGAAGGCAUUUAACCGAUCCAGUAACUUACGGGUACACAUGAGGAUACACUCAGGUGACAAACGUUAGGAAUGGGAUGUAUGUGGGAAGGCAUUCUCUGUAUCAGUGACUUUAAAGAAACACAUGAGGUGAAAAACCUUAAAAAUUUAAUGUGUUUGGGACUACAUUCAACUGUUUAAAUACCUUAUACAGACAGUAAGAUUCCUAAUGCUGAUGAACCUUAUUAAUAUGAUGAUGUAUGUAUGUAUGUGGAAUGACAUUCAGCCAAUCAAGACAAUUGCGGAUGCACAUGAGGACAUACAGGUUAUAAGAUGUUAUCUGUGUCAGAGAAUUUUUAGAAAUAAAAAAUCAGAUUUUAUAAGUAUAUUUGAAAAGAACAAUCUAGAUAUAGUGUAAAUGACAUUUUUUUCUAUUCAAACACCAAAUUUUAUUAAACAGGAGGGGGCAUAUAGUCAGCCAUAAAACAUUCCAAUUGCAAGACACAGUAGCGGACUUUGGAUAAAUGUGACAUUUGUGGGAGGGAUUUUGGACAAUUGUGACAUUUGUUGGAGGGACUUUGGUUAAAUCUGACAUAUAUGGGAGGGACUUUGGAUAAAUGUUACUUAUGUGAGAAGGACUUUGGAUAAAUGUGAGAUUUGUGAGAUGGACUUUAGAUAAACCUGACAUAGGUGGGAGGGACUUUGGAUAAAUCUGACAUAGGUGGGAGGGACUUUGGAUAAAUUGUACAUACAUGUAGGUGGGAGGGACUUUGGAUAAACAUUAUAAAUGUUACAUUUGUGGGAGGGACUUUGUAUAAAUCUGACAUAUAUGUGGGAGGGACUUUGAGUAAAUGUUACGUGUGGGAGGGACUUUGAGUAAAUGUUACGUGUUGGAGGGUUUUAUUAAAUCAAGCUACGUACUGAGAUGGGUGACGAACCUCAUUAAUGUGAUAUGUAUGGAAAAAAAAUUCAGUGAGAAAAACAGAAUAGUCAUCAGGUGAUUUAUAUUGCUGAAAACCAGAUAGAUAAGAUGUUUGUCACUUUUGCUGAAAAAAAUUUACUUUGAAAA